GUCUGGCACUAAACGAGAGAGUUGUAGGUCGGUUGGGGUUACCAAGAUUAUUUAUUUGCUAAAUUCCACAAAGCGCAACAAACGCAUAAAAAACGCCAAAACUCUCCACAUGGAGGCAGCAGAGCACACCAGCAGCGGCACUGCCCACUGAAGGCAAGGGAAGCGGGUUAACAAGUGUGGAAAAGUUUUGGCCAGUCCAACCAGAUUGUGCGCCUUGACGCACCGGUCAAGACAGCCGCAGCGAUGGGAGCCACGCAAACGCGCUCCGGACAGGAGUACCAGGAGCUGGCGGAGAGGACUGGAUUUUCAGCGGAGCAGAUAAGAAACCUGCACAAGCGAUUUCAGCAGCUGAGUGGAAAUGAAGACACAAUAAGCAGGGAACACCUGAAGAGCAUACCAGCCCUCGCCAACAACCCCAUCAGAAAGCAAAUUAUCGAGGCGUUCUUUGAUAAAAGGAACCAGCAUGGGAAUGAGUUGGGAUCGUAUGAGGAAAUUGGCUUUGAGGAGUUCCUCAUGGUCAUGUCCCAUUUCCGUCCUCCGACUUUGAGAACGACUGAGGAGGAGAAGGAAGCGAUGAGAAAAGAGAAGGUCCGCUUCCUGUUCAACAUGCACGACACCGACGGUGAUGGCAAGAUUACGCUGGUGGAGUACAGGAAGGUUGUCGAGGAGCUUCUAUCCAAAAGCGGCACCAUCGGGCAGGAGGCUGCUAAGGCCAUAGCGGACGCUGCCAUGCUGGAGGUGGCGAGCACCAAUGUGCCGAACAUGGGCCCAGAUGACUUCUAUGAAGGGAUUACCUUAGAACACUUUGAAGAGAUUUUAAAAGGCCUUGAAAUGGAGACCAGGAUGCACGUUCGCUUUCUGGAUGUGAGCACAACUAACGUAUACUGUGGCAAAUGACCCACUUGAAGGACUUGCUCGUCAAAGGAGUUCUUUAUGUUGCAGUUUUUUUUUUUUUUUAGCAGAACCACCCCUGGCCUUAAAAGAAAAAAAAAGAAAAAAUGCUGUUUUUUUUCUUGCACUAACAUGUCUGUAAAGAGGAAAAACCCAUUAAUAUUCUUACAACUGCAACAUGCGUGUGAGUUUAAGGUUGGAAAACACACUGUACGAACUUACAGAAAAGUUUAUUGCUGUAUGUUGGGUUCCAGGAUCUUUGGAGAAGCCGUGCAUGUAUUUUAAUCCUCUUUCCGGUCUUUUCUUAGUUUUAAUGUAUUUAAUAACAAAAUCCAAGUGGGCAGCAUGAAGGAUUCUCUACUUGAAACAAAAAAGUUCACCUAGGAGAUGAAGUCUGAUACGAGUGAUCGACUAUGGUGGGCAUUUGAAGACUACUGACACGUACCAUUCCUCCACAGAACCAGAAUAGACAGAUAUUUGAUGUUUUUACUACUGAAACUGUGCAUAAUCAACCACUACUGUCACAAAGAUCCACUAUUUUUGAUGAUUAUUCAAGUGAUUUAUUUUCCCCUCAUUUCAAAACAUGGAAUUGCAAAUAAAGGUGGGAAAUAAAU